CCAGCGUGUGUGUGUGUCUGUGUGUGUGUGUGUGUGUGUGUGUGUGUGGGUGUGUGUUAGGGGAGUGGGCAGUGCUCCUGGCCAGCUCCCUGAUCCUCUUAGACCGCCUGCCCCAGGCUCAAAGCUGUUCCACAGGCACCAUGCGGAGGGCCCUACUGUUUGCAGCCAUUCUGGCCAUCAGCCUGGCUUACAGUCUGGGGGCUGUCUGUGAGGACUCACAGGAGCAGGUGGUGCCUGCUGGGGGGCACAACAAGAAGGACUUGGACCUCUACCACUUGCCUUCGUCCUUGCUCCGGAAACUCUAUGACAGCCGCUCUGUCUCUCUGGAUGGAUUGCUCAAAAUGCUUAGCAAGGCUAGCGUGGACCCUAAGGAAUCGUCACUUCCCCAGAAACGUGACAUGCAUGACUUCUUUGUGGGACUUAUGGGCAAGAGGAACAUCCAACCAGACACUUCUACUGAUGUAAACCAAGAGAAUGUUCCCAGCUUUGGUACCCUCAAGUAUCCCCCCAGUGUGGAAUGAGCUGGUGGCCGGUGUGAGUUUUACAAGACAGAAGAUGUGAUUUCAGAUUUUCAUGUCCCCAGCACUCCACUUCUGGACCCCUGGGCUGCAACAUGAAGACACCUGUCACCCCCUCCCAGCCCCCACCUGCACGUGCUCCGAUUUCCCUUUCUUUUCUCCAGCCUUGUAACACCCCUGCACUUGGACUCCUUCCCCAUCCCUCUACCCCACAGUGAUGUAGAAACCACAGACUGAGCACCCUCAGUCCCCGUGGGCAUUGACUAUAGAUUCCCCUGGGGUUUCUGGAGUGUCCUCCAUCAAAAAUAUGACGUCUCUCUCUACUCCCCAACAAUAAAGGAUUUUCAAAUAUGA